AUGUCAAAACCCAAAUCACCCGGGCAAACCCGUGAGAAUGUACCACCCCCGAAUAAAGUAGAUUUCAUAUGCAAACCAAAAUUCACAAAUACUCUCCCAGAUCUUCCUUUCGAUGGCAAAUUUCUCGCCUGUCCUUUCGUACCAAUUAACAGAUUCAUCGAUUACAAACCCACUAUGUUAGAAAAGGAGUAUAAGUUUGAAGUUCAAUGCGAAAUGGAUAUGGGGGUUAACAUAGAUUUAGUUGAUCCUGAAACAUAUAGAGUAGAUGAAGCCAUGAAGAAAAAAUGGGAGGUUGACGAGAAAGAUCUCUUAUUAUUAGAAGAUGAGACUUCUAAUAACUUAUCUAGUAGAAGAUCCGCUCAGCACUCUAAGGUUGUGCCGUGGAUGAGAAAAACUGAAUACAUUUCCUCUGAAUUCAACAGAUUCGGUGUGUCCAGCGACAGACAAGAAACUAAAGUUGGAUAUCAUCUCAAAAAGCAGAUGGAUAACGAAAACUUAUAUAGAGAUAGGCAAAGCCAGAUUGAUGCAAUCAGUAAGACUUUCGAGGAUGCCAAACAACCCAUCAAGAACCAUUACAGCAAUAAAGGUGUUGUUGCAGUGGAAGAAAUGCCUAUUUUCCCAGAUUUCGGGCUCUGGAAGUUCGAUCUCGCACAAGUCAUGUUCGAUAGCGACCCAGCAUGCAGUGCAUUGCCUCAUUCUUUGAAAAAUAGUGGAUUGGAAAACUCAAUAAUUAAGGGUAUGCAAUCUGCUGAAGGUGAACAGUAUGUUGCUCAUUUCUGUCCCACGGUGGAAACCCUACAACAGAAUUUGGAAGAUCAUGAAAAGAAACAACCAUUCGAACAAGGAUACACUUAUAACUAUAUGCUUAAUCGUGAAUACAACUGGGUUGUUAAGAAUAACGCGAGUGCAGACUAUGAAAAGGAUCAUUUCAUGCUUUACCAAAAAGAUGGACAAAUGUUAUAUAACGAAUUAGAAACAAGAGUUAGAUUAGUUCGACGUAGAAAACGUACUGGAGGAGCUAAGAACAACACUACCUUACAAAUUCAAUAUCGGGAUCCUACAGAACCUGAAAUUUCUCGAAUGACUGCAAGAUUACAAAUGUUGUUGCAUCCCGAGGAACAGAAAGAAGAGGAAGACGCGGAUAACGAAGAACAAAGUCUUAGUAAUGCUUUAUCGGCCUCACCUUCAAGAGGAUCAAUUGUAAAAUCCGAAGAUAGUAAAAAUAGUUCUCAAGAAUCUAAAAAACCAGAAAGCCCAUCCCGAGGUAGAUCUUCUCCGUCAGGUCGAUCCCAUGAUAGUGAUGGAAGUAGUUCAAAGAGCGAUUCAGACGAUUCAAACUCUCAUGAUGCAGCAACUGAUGUGAAGCCUUUGCUCCAGUCAUCAUCUGGAGAGUCGGACUCUGACUCAGAUUAA